CCCGCGUCUCCCCUGAGCUGCGGGAGCGAGUCGUACGGGCUUGCAGGGCUUACUUAGCGCAUCCGACUCUGCCUCCCCUUUUCCCCCUGAAUGGAGCAGGUUUAGUGAGCUUAGCGAGCUGGCGGCGCGCCCGACUUGAGGCUUUGCGUGGCUACCGGGGAACGCCGGAGAGGAGAGGAGAGGCGGCUGGCCGAUCCCGGCAGAAGGAAAGCGCCGUCCUGCCUUUUUUUCCACCCCCACCCCUCCCUGCCCUGCAGUCGAGACAUGGCCGGGCGAGGUCGGGUUUGGGCGCUGGCGUUGGCGCUGUGCGCUUUGCCGGGCAGCCUCUGCCUGCAGGAGACCGAAGCGGACGAGGCUGAAGCGCCGGCGGCGGCUCUGGGCGGCGGGGCGAACAGGCGGCGGCGCCUGAGCCAGGAGGACGGCAUCUCCUUCGAGUAUCACCGCUACCCGGAGCUGCGGGAAGCGCUGGUGUCCGUGUGGCUGCAGUGUCCGUCCAUCAGUCGGAUCUACACCGUGGGCCGGAGCUUCGAAGGCAGGGAGUUGCUAGUCAUCGAGAUCUCGGACAACCCCGGCGAGCACGAAGCUGGAGAGCCAGAAUUUAAAUAUGUUGGCAACAUGCAUGGAAAUGAAGCUGUUGGAAGAGAACUUCUUAUCUUCUUGGCUCAAUACUUGUGCAAUGAGUAUCAGAAAGGAAAUGAGACUAUCAUUAAUUUGAUCCACAGUACACGUAUCCACAUCAUGCCGUCUCUGAAUCCAGAUGGCUUUGAGAAGGCAGCAUUACAGCCAGGGGAACUCAAAGAUUGGUUUGUUGGUCGAAGUAAUGCACAGGGAAUAGACUUAAAUAGAAAUUUCCCUGAUCUGGAUAGAAUUGUCUAUGUCAACGAGAGAGAAGGAGGUCCAAAUAAUCAUUUGUUGAAAAAUCUGAAGAAAGCUGUGGACCAAAAUUUAAAGCUUGCACCAGAAACAAAAGGUGUGAUUCACUGGAUAAUGGAUAUUCCCUUUGUACUGUCCGCCAAUCUUCAUGGUGGGGACCUUGUGGCAAAUUACCCAUAUGACGAGACUCGGACUGGAAGUGCACAUGAAUACAGCUCCUGCCCAGAUGAUGCUGUUUUCCAAAGCUUAGCCCGAAGCUAUUCAUCUUUUAAUCCAGCUAUGUCAAACCCUAAUCGGCCACCAUGUCGCAAGAAUGAUGAUGAUAGCAGUUUCAUUGAUGGGACAACUAAUGGUGGUGCUUGGUAUAGCGUUCCAGGAGGUAUGCAAGACUUCAACUAUCUCAGCAGCAAUUGCUUUGAAAUCACCGUGGAGCUUAGCUGUGAAAAAUUCCCUCCAGAAGAAACUCUGAAAACCUAUUGGGAGGACAACAAAAAUUCACUUAUCAGUUACAUUGAGCAGAUACAUCGAGGAAUAAAAGGAUUUGUUAGAAAUCUUCAGGGUAAUCCGAUUGCUAAUGCCACAGUUUCUGUAGAGGGGAUAAACCAUGAUAUUACAUCAGCAAAGGAUGGUGAUUACUGGAGGCUGCUGGUACCUGGAAAUUAUAAAGUGACAGCUUCAGCACCUGGCUAUCUAGCAAUCACUAAGAAAGUGGCUGUUCCCUUCAGUCCUGCUGUUAGGGUUGAUUUUGACUUGGAAUCAUUGUCUGAAAGAAAAGAAGAGGAAAAGGAAGAACUAAUGGAAUGGUGGAAGAUGAUGUCAGAAACUUUAAAUUUUUAAGCAGAAGUUCUGAAUUCACAUCUUUUAAUCUACUAUGUGUUCAUUUAGUAUAAUGUACUGUGAAAAGUCCCUUCAUUUUAGAUUUUGUGUAGCUCUUAAUAUGUAACUUUGGGGUGGGGUGGGCUGAGUAAUUUUUUUUAACACCAAUAACAUAUUCUCCAUAAAAGUAUAUUGCUGGAACUUUUUAUGUCAUUUUCACUGUCCUACAUAUUCAACUUGAAGGACAAAUGCCCACAAAAAUAUGUCCUUUCUCUAAAGUGACUGUGAAUCUGAGCAUUUCACUAUCCUAAAUAUGCAGGUUAAGCACAUUAAAAAGUACAUUAUAAUAAUUAGCAGUCACUUGCAACAACUGCCACAAAUAUUUGUCCAUAGAGGUAAACCCAUUUAGAUUUUUUUAAAAAAAAUAACUCAUAAUGGCACUGAAAAUAUAUAUGAUAAGAAUUUAGUGUUGUACAUAACAAUUAAAGUUUUUUUUGGAAGAGCCAUAUAAAAUAAGAAUCCAAGUACUUGGGUAUUACAUAUACUACUCAUAUGGAAAUGGCUUCCAUCAUUCUUAAGAAAAAAAUAUCACAUUUUUUUUCUCUUGUGUUUAUUAAUGUUCCUAAGUAACGUGGUAAUCAGAUUAAAAAUUCUGGAUGGAUAAACAGUUAACAUAUAGUAAGUGUAUAUUACUUGUUUUUUGUGCUUGCAAUAUAUUAUUUGUGUUAUUCUGUUUUUCAGUAACUGUAUGCAUUAAGUAUACAUGGUUUUCAUAAGAAAGCUUCCAUAUUCUUUGUAUGAAGAACAGAAAGUUUCCCCCAUAACUGAUCCAUCAGCUGCUUCCUUUAAUAUGGAUUGGAAAUUCAAGAUACGCUCUUAAAAAGUCAAAACUGUAAACAUGUUUUCUAUGAGAAGCAAUUUCUCUAGGUUCAGUGGAAUUUAUUUCCUGGUCACACAUCUUGAUUUCAGCCUCUGGUAAAAAUGAUCGUUUGGAUUGUAAGGGUACUUCCUCUGAAAUAGAGAAAUUUCCAGAUAAAACAUGGUAGUUUACAUUGGCACUAGCACUUAGGGGAGCAACCUGCUGUUCAGUGUAAAUUAGCUCACUAGUUUACACUAGUAGGAUAGCAGGAUCAGCCUAAAGGGCGAAACCCAUUUUGUCAAAAUAAAUGAAUAUCUUGAUGUUUCUUUUUAGGCCUGUGCAGUACUUUAUAUUUGGUUCCUCAAUGGUGUUUCAGGAUGUGUGGAAGCUCAAAUUUACUGCAUCAUUUUAAGUAGCUAUGUCUUAUCUGGGGAUUUUGUGCCAUAGCUGCUUUAAGAUGCUCCAGAAAGAGUGUGGGUUUGUGUUCUCUUCUGCUCUGAACCAAUCCCAGCCCUAGUUCCAAUAUCACAUAUUUUAGUAGCUUUUCAGCGUUGCUUGUCGCUGGCUCCUCCCACACUUAUACUAUUGGUAGAUGACUCCUGUCCUUGUUUUAAAUUACGUACAUACUACCAGUGAGCAGCAGCUGAAUUUGAAGAUACACUUUUACCGUAUAUGCUUCCUACCUGGAAUAUCCCUAGAAGAAAGGUGAGGAGAGUGAAAAGUUAUUUCUUUGCAUACUGUGGAUUCUUAGCUCAGUUUCUGGUGUCUCUAGGAUUUUAGGUAGCCUAGUAGUAAAAGAUUCCCUGGAGAGUGCAAAUGACCAAAGUAUGACAUCAGCUGGACUGUCUGGAUGAUUUGUAAAAGGUUUACUGAACUGCUAAAACAUGCAAGGCUGUAAAACAGUUUUAUGAUGUAAGGAAUUCAGUGUUAAGGAUGUAAGGAAUUGGUCUUAAAAGGCACAAAUUAAGAUUAAAAAAAUCUAUUUAAUCUGAAAAACAAAAGAUUGAAAGAAUGCCUGAGACCCAUUGCUUUCAAUUUAUCAGAUGGCUUGAGAGAUUUUAUCGAAAAGUCUUGUGUCCCUUUUUUCUUCUUCUCUCGGGACAGUGCUUAAGGUCAGUAUUCAAUAUUUUCUUGCCAUCGUCACAUGGCUUCCAUGUUACACAAAUGAAAAUAUAGGGGUUUGUCAAAUGCUCAGAAGGAAUUAUUUUCUCUCUGAGGGCUAUGCAUCAUUUGGCAUUCUUAAACACUGACGUAUUAAAUAUCUUGAAGUUACAGGAAUGCAUACAUUCACCAUAUCUGUGUAGCACAUUUAGGCCUCUGGGACUGGAUAAGCUAAACUCUAAACAAUAACUGAAAAUUGAGUAAUUUGGAUGAAAUAUAUAACCAAAGCAAACCACUUCUACAAACAUCACUGGUUAUAAAUAAUUUAUCAAAGAAUAAAGCAAUUAAAUACCAGAAAUUGAGGCUUAUCACAAAUCAUACCUUACAAAAGACCUUUUCUUGCCAAAACAGGGAAGUCAUUUCAGGUUACCAGUCCUCAAGAAAGGAAUAUUAUAAUUCUUUUUACCUGUAUACUUCAUGUUGAAUAUCAAUUCAGCAAGCUACGGCCAAGAAAAAGAUCGUGAUCCUUGCCUUUCCAUUGUAUGAUUGUGGCUCCAAAAUGUUUUGCAAAUCAGAGUUCUGGAAUUAAUCACAAUAGCAGUACAUAUUAUCUGUACUCUUCCAAUUAAUACAACUGAGUGGAUGAUUUCAACAAGUUAUCUUUCUGCUUCAGUUUGCCAAAUGUAGAAUGGGAGUAACCACAUUCAUUUUAAUAGGAAUUUGACAAUUGCUGGGAUAAAGUUAUAGCUUUAACAAAGCAAUUAAAAAAAAUAUUUAAUAGUAA